AUGACUGAUAAACAUGGAGACCAGUCGUCUCCUCAAACACUGGCCACGCAUGCCGACAAACCCAGCGUCGAGAAGGUCCCACCCCCCGAAACCCCGGAGGCCAUCCAAACACGAUUCCGUGUCAUCGCGGCCUUCUGGGCUGUGAUUAUCUUUCUGGGGUUUCCGAUAUGGUGGAAGACGACCUCCAUCUACCGAGCCCACCUCCCGAUUCAGGAAAUGGUGGAUUGGGCCGAAGGCAAGUCUACAGAGGCCCAGCAUCUCCUUCGUACGACGCAGCAUACGCUCGACGAUCUCAAUGAAUUUGCCGCCCAUCACCUGCGCCUGAAGUUGGCGGAUGAUCACAAUGGCGAGGAGGACGUGACGGAGGACAAGGCAGAUACGGCAUUGACCGUUCGUCUGCUGCCCCAGGAGGAUAUCACUGCGCCCAGGUCCGAUCUCCACACGGACACAACGCAGCUCGAUGUAUUCUACCCUCCGAGCCAGAUUCCCGCUCCGUCUUCCUCGAAUCCACCUCUCUCAGCCUUUAUUGCGGAGGAGCUACAGCGACUCUAUAGUGAGGAGAAAGCUACCAUUGCACACAUUCUGUCGGGAAACACGGCUGGACUGGAUUCCACAUCGCCGCAGGUGGCUGAGAGCAUCAGCAGACGGUUACGCCGGUCCAUGAAGUACGCCGAGACCUACCACCUGUCAUUCUCCUUGUUUACUCCCGGAGCGGAGCCAUCUUCGUGGGACAUUGAGGCUGCCGUGCAUGAAUAUCUGUCACCUCUCCUCGAGGCAUUCGCCCCCAUCAGCAACUUCACGGUUGACACGCAGGUCCAACUAUACGCGACAUUCUCGCCGACUGCUCCGCUUCCCGAGUACGAUGAGACGGAAGCCGCCUGGACGUUGAAGAAAGAAGACCUCAGCGCCUUUAUCAACGCGGCUGAAUGGCCGCUCAACCCCAGCAUCGGCAAUGGCCCUACGAUCAACUUCAUCCUCUACGUCCCUUCUCCGUCGCAGUCCCCGUUGAUCGUCAAGGAAAACCGCGCCUCAAGUUGGAUUAUCCCGCAAUGGGGCGGUGUCUUCCUCCUCAACCCGGGCCUGUCUCCAAAGAGCAAAUCCAAUCCCGCCCAUCUCUCCCAAGAAUCUCUCCGUCCGGCAUUCAUGACAUUCUCACACCAACUUCUCACCCUCCUCGGCACCCCAAGUACCCCCGCCUCCCUCCCUCUUCGCCUCCAAACGCUUAUCCGCAUGCGCGCUGCGGCGCUCCUCCUAUCUGCUUCAUCAACUAUGGGCUCCCUCGCCCGUCUCACGGAAUCUCUACCUUCAAUCCCAAUCCCCGCCACCGUGGCCGCGUCUGUCUCCACAACAUUGUCCCAUCUCGCCACGACUUGCUCCAAUCUACGAGGCGGUCGUUUCGCCGCUGCGCUGGCCAGCGCGCGGGUCGCGGAGACGGAGGCUGAGCGCAGCUUCUUUGAGAAGAGUAUGGUGGGCCAGGUGUAUUUCCCGGACGAGCACAAGGUCGCCGUUUACCUGCCGCUUCUGGGACCGAUUGGCGUGCCCUUGGUGGUUGGGCUGAUCAAGGAGUUGAAGAGGAUUGUGGCUAGUAGGAAGGCGAGAAGACAGGCCGCGUAG